AUGCAACAAUUGCCGUCCAUUAGUAUUGAACAACAAUCAUUAUCAACAACAAUCAGUUAUGAUUUAAGUGAACGGAGUUUAAAUAAAACUAAUAAAUUAAUAAAAUGGUGUCGUAUGGUAAAACGUAUUGUACAAUUUUUUCGAUUUAUCAAAAUACCUCUACUUCGUUUACGUUUUAUUGAUGUAAUUAAUCAAAUGUCUAUAGAGAAAUUCGAAGUCGACAGUUUAAAUGGUUAUAAACUACAUAAAAUACAAGAAGAUCUUCUUUUUCUCGAUGAUAUUAAACGUUAUCAAGAACUGUUCAACACGUUUUUGUCAUUUGGUUUUGUCUGGGAAGAUAAAGAAUUUCAAAUGGCAAAACUCAAAGCAAAUUAUAUCUAUGAUCAUUAUAUGUCGACAUCUGACGCAUUAGCAAAGACAAAUAUACCAAUGGACACAAUACCAUUAAUUUAUAAUCGAAUAACUUCACCUAAAAUACAUUCAUCACUUACCUAUUUAAACUUAUUUAAUGAUGCUGAGAAAUUUAUUAUUGAAAAAAUACUGAUGAUCUAUAUGCGUGAAGGUUUGAAUUGUUUUUCUACAUUGCCACAAAAACAAUUCAUAGCAAUAAUGAAUCGAUUUAAAAGAAAUCGAAAUACAAACGUAUCUAUUUCAUCGUUUGAACAGUUGAACGAAAGAAAUAAAGUAGAAAAAUCUCUACUUGAUCGUUCAAAUAUUAAACUUAAAGAUAAACUUGAUAUUGAAUCUCAAUAUGAUGAAUUAAUCAUACCUAAUUGGACAUAUUCAACUGAUUUAGGUUUUGUUUAUAAUCCAAUUCGAGAGAAACGUAUGAAAGUAAUAAAAAAAACUGUUCGAAAAAAGACAAAAGAUUUUAAUUCAAAUGUUGAUUCGGUCGUUAGAUUGAGUCAUAAAACUCCGGUAAAAAUUAUUUCAUAA